AAGAGCGCGCGAGGAGGAGGGAAGUGGGGAACUGACUCACGGCGGGGGGUGUGGUAUUUUUUCAAGAGGGCGAGCAAGUGGGGCCCCAUGGCCAAAGGGUGCGGUCGGUACCAAAUCCCCGAGCGAGAAAUGCGAUGACGCUCCUCAUCUCGUUACGAUCCGCAAGUAUUCUUUCCGAACGUGCUGUAACGUUAAUCGUAAAAUCGUAAGUCUAAACUAGCGCGAUAUUUAUAAUAAACAUUCAUGUAUGAUAUAUUUUAUCAAUAAUGAAUUUUCAUAAUCUUGCUUUUUUUCGACACCUUCAUCUAUUUGACUUGUUAAUACGUUCAAUUAUUUGUACGUUUUUAUCGAUUCAAGAUAAAAAAAUAAUCUUAAAACGUAACGCAUUUUACAUAACAAUAACUAAUCACUUCCCAAGCUAAACUUUUCAUGUUUGAGAUCGUGCUACACGUUGGAGAGAUUAAGAGACGUAAAAUAUGGCGAUGCAUAUUCCUGGCAAUGUUCUAUCAGAAGACAGGUUGGUUACAAGGUCGAAAUCAGUCCGCCCUACGGAUGACGUCCAGACCAGAUCCUACCAUUACCAUCGGCUCAUUAGGUAGCCAAACAUUUUCACGGACACCCGGUAGCGCGUUAAUGACUGAUGACCGGAAAACGCGACCAGAAGGCCUAACUGGUAAACGAGACUACCUGGGACUACUAGCCUUCUUCCUGCUCCUCGUUUAUUCGUCCUUUCGCCCUGAUCUACUGUCUUCGGUUACUUCCAUAUCGAUGCUUGUCGUCCCUUAUUAAUGAGCCGAAGAUAAAUUCGGAGACGCGAUACAACCGACGCUGCUUGGGGGAGCGCCUUUCUCAUAUUUCCAAGCAGGGGUGAGACGAAAGUGCGGUGAAGGGUGAUCUACAUCAUUAGAAUUAACGAGAGCCCACCGAUCUCUUAAUGGAUACACACAAGUGGCAACGAAUGUUUUAUCCGGGUGACUUAUUACUCUCGCAGAGUAAACGCAUCGGUCCAUCUGAGGGAGUCUUUCAACCUCUGGAUAGUUCCUGACGUUCAUGUUCAAUCGAAUGAAUGACGUUAAUCUCUACGAGGUAUAGAAAUGUCCAUACGAUACAGAUAGAAAUUUAAUGUUACGUGUAACGAUCUUUACCGAAUACUACAUGUGCAACAAUAAAAAAAUUAAUUUCGCACUAAAUUCAAGUUUACAUAUUUU